AUGCAGUGUGUAAUAUAUUGUCGUAAUCGAACAGUUUUAUUGACAUCGUUUACGUUAUUCGUCUUACUAUUUACAUACGUCAUUUAUCCAUGGUUUUAUUAUGCUUGGAUUUGGCGAAAUAGUGAUAUCAAUCAUCUUGAUUUUCCAAUAGCAUCAAAAUCAAAUGAUACUGUUGCUACUGUUCCACGUAUAAUACACCAAACGUGGCGCGACGCUGAUAAAAUACCAAUCGAUUGGCAACAAGCAUCAAAUAGUUGCAGAUCAUUUCAUCCUAACUAUCAGUACCGUUUAUGGUCAGAUAAAAGUGCUCGUCUUUUGAUUGAAAAAGAAUUCCCCUGUUUAUUAUCAACAUUCGAUGAGUAUCCAUAUGAUAUUCAACGUGCCGAUGUCAUUCGUCUUGUUGUUUUAUAUGUUUAUGGAGGAAUUUAUUUAGAUUUAGAUAUUAUUUGUCUAAAACCAUUGGAUAAAUUACUGACAUUUAAAUUUAUUUUACCAAAAACCAUGCCGGUUGGUUUAUCCAAUGACUUUAUACUAGCCGAGCCAAAAAGUCCAUUUUUACUACAAGUUUUGAAUGAUUUACCCAAAUAUAAUCGAAAUUAUUGGACUAAAUAUUCAACUGUUAUGUUUUCAACGGGGCCUAUGUUUUUAACACAUGAAGCAUCAUAUUAUCCAAAUCGGUCUUCUAUAAAUGUUCUUUCUCAAGAACUUUACGGAAAAUAUAUUUUUAAUUCGUCACUUGCUCUGUUUCGACAUUUGAAAGCUUCGUCUUGGCACGGCAAUGAUGCUGCAUUCGUCAAAUGGAUUUACCGUCGACGCACAAUUUUGUUCCUAGUAUUAACUGCUUUAUUUGUGAUUAUCAAUGCCAUUAUUUAUUCUAUUCAAUAUCGCCAUACACUUAGGAAUGUUCUUAAAAAAAUUCCUUCACUCAUAAAGUCAAUAUCAAAUGGGCAAUCUUUAAGAUAUGAAAAAAUUCAUUCGAACAUUGUUCUUAUUUAA